AUGGCGAGUCUCCAGAUCAGACCGACCCACAUCUACCGUGGUCUGUAUAGAGAGGUGCGCCGUGUCAAGGCCAUUGGACAAGGCGACUCGCCAGACUUUGCAGGCAUGCUCAGAACUGGCUUCACAAGUGCACCUGCCACAAACCAAGCGCAUGUUAAAGAAUUGCAUGAUGCUUCUGAGAUUCUACUCUUUCUACGCAGUCAACGGAAGUAUACGGAACUGCUGGAACGGUAUAAUCCUGGCGCGACGAUGACACAGGCCGAACGGAACCGACUCACUGCCCGCCGAGUCGGUCUCAAUCUACCCAAGGACAAUUCAGACGACUUUUUCAACAAGAAGUAG